UUUUUUAAUAGCAUUGCAUCAUCUACAUGACGUAUCUGAAUUAUAUUUUAUCGUGAUACCAAUGAUACCCAUUAGUGACUUACUGGUAAUUAAAGUGUGAAUUUUUGGAGUUUCAUGAGUUUAUUAAGUGAGAUUGAAUAUAAAUAUCUAUAUAAAACAUAAAGAUGGCACCAAAAAAUAAAGAAAAUACUUCAUCUGGAAAUAAGAGAAAGCGGCAGAUUUCAGAAGAAGGAGAUGAUGAAGAUUAUAGAAGGCGUAGAGAUAGAAAUAAUCAAGCUGUGAAACGGUCAAGAGUUAAAAGUAAAUUACGUACUCAACAAACAUUAGAACGUGUGAAUCAGCUUAAAACAGAGAAUGAAUUACUUGAAGAAAAGAUUAAAAUGCUCACAAAGGAAUUAGGUUUCUUGAAAGACUUAUUUCUUGCACAUGCAGGUUCAAGUCAACAUUCUGUGAAUUUUCAAGAUAUAGAUCUCAAUGCUCUUUUAGCUGAUGAUACAAAAUCUGAAGAACAAACAAAACAAACAGCAAAAUCAUAAGUUGUAUGAAAUGCCACGUGAAGGAAAUAACGUGGUAUUGAUUAUAUCUGAGAUAAAGAUGCACUUUGGUUUAUCCAUUUCUAGCAUAAAGUUAGACAUCUUGGAACGAUGUCUACUUUUUAAUUGACUUGUAAGGAAUUUGAGAUGCAUGAAAUCUUGAUAAAUGCAAUGAAUUGCAUUUAAAAUUUACCAUUAUUGGUACAUGAUGAAAGGAGGUACAAAA